AUGGUCGUAGAAUGGUGCACCCAGUUCUUGGACCCGCGAGCUUCUCAAGGCCUUAAUAUUCCGCGCGCACUGAUCAUUCUGAAUCAACCUUUUAGUGUCAAAUUGUUAAAGACCGUCUGGGCCGCCUCCGAAUGGCGUUCUUGCGCCGAUGGGGGGGCUAAUCGUUUACAUGAUGUCUUGGGCGCAAGCGGUGAUCCAAACCUUCGAAGCUCGUUCCUCCCUGAUAUGGUGAAGGGUGAUCUCGACUCUUUACGAGACGAUGUAAAAUUGUACUACACUUCACUGGGUGUACCAGUAAUCCACGAUUCCGACCAAGAUUCUACGGACCUCAUGAAAUGUGUGCAAGCACUGGAAGAGAACGAACGUUUAACUGGGCAGGAGUUCGAGAUCGUGAUCCUGGGAGGUCUCUCCGGAAGGUUGGACCAGACUGUACAUACACUAUCAUACCUCCACAAACUUCGCAAGACCCGCAAACGCGUCUUCACAGUCACCGACGAUAACGUAGGAUGGGUUCUUAAUGAAGGUGAACAUCUCAUCCACAUCAACCACGACGUAUUAGGACAAACGUGUGGGCUCCUCCCUGUCGGCAUCGACUCAACCAUCCUGACAACAACUGGAUUGCGGUGGAACCUGGACAACACAGAGUCAUCUUUUGAUGGACUUAUGUCAACAUCAAAUCAUCUUAUACCAGGACAAGACGUCACGAUCAAGACCUCGAAGCCAAUCUGGUGGUGUGCAGAGUUAAGGGACCACUAA